AUGCAAUACUAUACGUUCUCAGGGAUAAUGGAUAUUGACGAGUUGUUUGAGACUUUCAACCUUAGAGCCGCCAUGGAUCGCACCAAGGACAAGAAACCAUCAUCUGUUGCCACUGCUGCUGCACACUACAAUUCUCGCCAAAGUCUUGCCUGGGAUAGCGCCUUCUUUACCAGCGCAGGAGUUCUGGAUGCGGAGGAACUGUCUAUGGUGAACAAAGGGUUCACGAACUCGGUUGCGAAAUCUGAACCUGAGACCUGGAGGUCCAUUGAAUCCAGCUCCACAGCGAACAGUGAGGGGAGCUCUCUUACUAGCCUUGAGCUUGACCUUUUCAGCGACAUCAAAGCUGCUGUUGGUCAAUUCCACAAUGGAGGUUCCUCGUCGGCAAAGCGAAAGGGAAUGCAAGAAGGAAAUGGUGGUUCCUCAUCAGGGAAGCCACCUAGGAGGAUGUCCAGCCGUGGAGUGAAUUCCACACUUUCAACUCAGAGUAAAAGAGCUUCCUCGAUGGGCAGCCAUGGUGCAAGUAAAGGGAAGAUGAAUGCAGUGAAAUCAGCCACACCAUUGAGAUCUCCAUCUUCAGUUCUUCCAGCUACUACGAGAAAUGGAUCGUCUGAACAAGUCAUCAUGAGAACUCCUCCGGGAAAGAGUUCCAGGAGAACUGUGGAGCCUCGCAUGGCAGCUGCAGUUCCUACCUUGAGAACUCCUUUGAAAUUCCUGGCUGGAAGCAAAAACGGAUCACUGAGUUCUUCUUCAGCUCACCUUUCUUCUUCGAGUUUCUCAUGGACACCCAAGGUGUCCCCUGCUAGUUCUAUUAGUGGAUUUUCCUCCUCAACGGAUCACUCCUUGAGGUCAACCAACCAGAGGCAUCACGUUUCUCCGGUUAAACCUUGUUUCGCAAGUGAAAGUCCAAGGCCAAGCUCCACAGCUCCCAGGACUAUGAAAAGGUUUACAGGAGGAGGCGCAACACCAAAGAACAUGCAAGCUUCUGGCCUCAGAAUGCCGUCACCAAAGCUUGGAUACUUUGAUUCAGAAAAUCCUAGUGGUUCAGCACCAAGGAGAGGGAACCUGAAGUCCAACUCUCAUGGACAAAACAAUUCUGCAAUGGCAACUGGCAGCAGCAGAAGUGGUAGUAGAACAAGCCUGGGGAAGCACCAUUUAAGUGAGAUUGUUGCCUUGUCUCUAGGUAGCAAAAUCGGUAGUAGCAAUGAACGGUGGGAGGAAUCCUUCAACAACAACGAUAACAUUAAGAAGAAGAGGUGCCUGAAGGAAGAUUCUAAGGUGGAGGCUGGAACUAGACAAGGAAAAGGAAGUAGUUGCAGCUGCAACAAGAGGCCUGGAAGCGACAAGGAAAAUAGUAUAGCAGCUAGUUUGGACAGUCAGGUUGAUCAACUUAGCAGGCAUCUUAAAGCCAUUCAUUUUCACAAAGGGUUUUCCCCAGUUUGGAAAUAGUAGGCAAGAUGCGUUAUGAGGGCUUAAAAUUCCUUGUUGCCCCAUCUUGGUUUUUUAGUUUGUUUGCAGCAGUUGACCGAUAGCUUGUCGGACAAUAACCAUAGAUGAUCUGUUUCUGUUUCCCUGGAUUCUAUUCCUUUUCA